GAGCUGUCGGACUCCGUGCUUGAAGAACUCGGACGGUUGAUCGCCGACGUACACAGCUGGCCGACUACUUGGUUUGAUCCUUUUCGAGCCCGGCUGAAGGAGCGCUGGCCUUUCCUGCAAUCGGUUCCCGCUGCCUCCCACGUGUGGCCUUCCACAUGCCGGGAGGAGAACUUGGCAGAGCUGUCAGAAGAGGCCUUGGCAGCUUGGCUCCGACCGCAGGCCUUCACACCGGCCACAAAGAUCGGCGCGCGUGCGGUGACUGUGCACGCGGACAUCCACAUGUUCAACCUGCUGCAAACCGAUGACGGGCUGCGCAUCAUCGACUUCGAAUGGACUGUGGUCGCCCAUGCAGCACAGGACUUGGCCACUGUUGUCCGAGUUUGCUGCCCGAAAGAUUUGCGCCAGAAGCGGCUCUUCGUCAAGGCCUACCUCGCUGCGUGCGCCGCCUCCACUGGCAAUGAAGACGCAGCUUGGCCAUGUUGGGAGCUUUCAGGCGCUGACAGUGCCGAAUGGGCAGAUCAGAGACUUCUUGCAGAAGGCUGGCUUGAAAGGAGGUUUGAGCAGAUGGGCCCAAUGGCUUGGAUUGACUUCUCCUACGCAACCUGGGAGCCUUCAAUCGGAGCAGCUGACCUCAGCAUGGGAACAGUCACAGCUCAGUCUGGAGUUCCAAGCCUUGAGUUUGGCGGAAUUGGUCCCUACUUUCCUGGCGGCUACGUGGUGCCGGUCAUCGAAUGGGGUCAGUACAACGUGCGUUUCUAUUGCCCGGCCGAGAUGAAAGACGGAGACUAUUGCAAAGUGGUGGAGUCCCUUUUUCAGAAACCUUUCCCGAAGAAAGAUGAGAUCGGGUCAAUGCUUUGGCACAUGACGCGCUUUGACGGAGGACGCAAGUAUGUAAGAGGCACAUGGCUCGUACCCCCAUGGGUCACUCCGGAUGAGACAUACCCAAAGACACGUGAGAAGUUCCACAGUUACAACUUAUUUGUGCUCAUGCACGGCAAUGGAACAAUCGAUGAAGAACACUUCAGCCGUUUGAUGGCGAAGUUGGAUGGGCAAGACCUUGUGGUACCGAAGGCGCUAGGCGUGCAUCUUCGACCGACACUGUGCCUUCAAGCCACGCUGGUGGAUCAGCUCCUCUUCGAUGCCGAGGUCUGCUUCCUGACGAGCCACAUGGGCCCGCUUUUUCCGGGAGAUGACGAUGACGAGCGUCGCUGGCUAAGCAAUCUGGAAGACUUCAACAGCUUCAUCGGCUUCGCCCGCGCUUCGCCGACUUUGCGAGAUAAAGUCCUGGAAGAUGGCAUCGUAAGGUACGUCAAGGACAUCCGCAUGGUGGUCAAGGCAGGCAGUCCAGUGGUGCUUUGCACCUGUCAAAACCUUGUCAACGAUCAAUUCUUCCUGCAUGAGGAUGGCACGCUCUCGCCUGAUGCUCGCCGCGAUCUGGCUUUGGGAACGGAUGCCGAUGGCUGGGUUGUUCUUGCACACCGUUCUGGCAGCGAUGUGCUUCGAUUCCAGGUCGUGGAUGCGAAGGGCACCACCCCCCAGGCGCUUACCCUCCAGAGCGAAGUUGGACGCGGCGUAGUCAUUGCUGAAGAAACCAUGGUCGGCCCUUCGCAGGCGCGCGAAGUUUUGAAGUGCCGAGUGCAGCAUGGAAGUUUCAGUGAUGGGGUGAUGGGCCAGAGAAUCACAAGCGAACUGCAUGUGGUCACUCUGACAUGCUGA